AGUCACUGUCAAUAUUAUUUGUAUACAAAAUUUCAAUUUCAAACAAGUUCAACAGCUGUGUUAAUUAAAUCUGUUUUUUUAUUUAAUUUUAAUGAUUAAUGUUAAACCUACAGAUUAGGUUGCUUUUCACGAAAGGCUAAAAUUUUGAGAUAAAGAAAUGACAUUCGAUCUCCUUUUCUUUUAGCCUGUUACAUUCACCAUGAGAAAAUUAUCUCUUUUUAAACUUUUUCUUUUUAUCUGCUUUUGUUGUGUUAUAGUAUUUUUUUAUUCAAAUAGAAGUAAAUCUGACAAACGAAGUGAAACCUACGAAAACAAUUAUUUUCAUAAUGAGGACUACAGACUUAUAACACUAUCAACCAAAACUCAAAGAGUUGUAAUUUCAUUUGUGGUUUGUGAUUCAAGAUUUAAUGAGUCUUUAAAUGUUAUUAAAUCAGCAGUACUUUUUACAAAAUCUCCCUUAUUAUUCAUUAUAUUUACGGACCAAAAAUUGAAACCACUCUUUGAGACUACAUUGACUGAAUGGAAACAUAUAAUUGGGGAAAAAUUGGAAUUUGAACUCCACAGAAUUAACUUUCCAGAACCUCAUAAAGAUGAUUGGAUGAACCUUUUUAGCAAAUGUGCAGCACAAAGACUAUUUAUACCGACAUUGAUUCCUCACAUAGAUGCAAUGAUAUAUGUGGAUACUGACACUUUAUUUUUGGGACCUGUUGAAGAAUUAUGGAAUCAUUUUUCAAAAUUUAAUCACACACAAAUAUCAGCAAUGGCAUUAGAAGAUGAUAAUCCAAAUAUAUCUUGGUAUCCUCGUUUUGCUAAACAUCCUUUUUAUGGAAAAUAUGGUCUCAACUCCGGUGUUAUGUUGAUGAAUUUAACGAGAAUGCGAGAAUUUGGCUGGGUCGACUAUGUUACUCCAAUUAUGUUGAAAUGGAAAUUGUAUAUACCAUGGGGUGACCAGGAUAUUAUAAAUAUAAUUUUUCAUUAUCAUGAAAAUGCAGUAUAUGUACUGUCCUGUAGAUAUAAUUACCGUACAGAUCAAUGUAUGUAUGGUGAUGCCUGUGCGGAUGCCACAAGUCAAGGUAUCUAUGUAUUACAUGGGAGUCGGAGAGCUUUUCACAAUCAUAAACAGCCUGCAUUUGAGGCCGUGUAUCAAGCUAUUGACGAAUAUGAAAUAGGAACAGAACCAAACAAUGUGUUGGUCACAAUGGAACAAUAUUUUGAUGCAGCCCCGGAAUCUAAUUGCGGUAAUUUAAAGGAUGCUUUUCUUAAAGUGCCAAAACAGCUAAUCAGUAACAUGUUUGUGAAACCAGAAAGCUAACACACAAAACCAGCUGUCAACUUAUAUAUCUAAAACAGUUUUGAUUUUUAUACAGUACGUAGACCAUAGUAUAUAAUAUUGCAAUCUCAAAACACAAUAAUUUUUAUUUUACCAAAAACUAGAUAUAACAUGCUGCGCGCCAUCCACUGGAUGUUUGAAGAUAUUUGUUGUUUUUCAUGUUAUAUUAUAUUAUAAAUGUGACUAUAUAUUAUAUGUAAUAGGCAUUUUUGAUCCUGACACUAUUAUACUAAAUACUUGAGUUACUUUCUUUAGUAAUGUGAUAAUACAAUUGAAUAUAAAACUGACAAAGAUAUGUUUACUCAUGUAAAAAAAUAAUAAACCACUCUGUUUCAAAACCGUCAUAUAAGUCAUAACUCAUAAUUACAAAGAUCGUUUUGAUUGAGUUAUUUUUAUUUCACUUGAAGCGUUUUAUAAAAUAUGCAUGCACAAAAUCAGAAAUUAUUUAUUUUAAGUAAUCAUUAGCUGAUUAUUAAGAGAAGUGAUCUCUAAUAAAAGAGUAAUGAUGUAGGAUGACACACCUUUUGUUACCAUCUCCCAAUAAGUAUAAGUUUAUUUUUAAGAAUUGUUUGUGCGGUUAUUUUAUAUAUACUAUUUAUUUAUCAAUGAGUGUAUUGUAUUAUAAAAAUAAGAUGUAAUUAAAAUAUGUAAACAAAUCCAGUGCACAUAAGUAUGUACGUAUGAGGCCGUGUUUGUGUUAUGCCCCUUGGUAUAUUUCACGUAUGUUUACAAUAUGUACUUUUUUAAAGAAACAUGCAUCUAAAAAUGGUGCAAAAUGUGUACUUUGUGUUUGUUUGUUCUGUGUUAUUAAAUUGGGUAACUGAGAUUAAUUAGUGAAAUGUAGCAGUGAAACUACAAACUAUUAACAGCUCAUAAGUUAGAUUAUCACAUAUCCUUGUUUGUUCUAUGAAAAAUUACAUUAAAAUAUUUUAAUGUAAGCGUACGGAAAACCACUUUUUUAAAUUAUUAAUGUAGAAUGUAAAACUCAGCAAAAUUGAAAAAAUAUCGCUACUCAUAUGACAUUGAUAAUAUGUGCUUUCAUAUAUUUUAUUAAAACCAUUCAAAUCUUAUUAAACGAUUUUAUUGCAUGUAGUUUAAAUAUUUUAAGUAAAAGUUUUAUUGAUGCAGUAUUGUGCAAACCGCGAGGUAACACUUUUUAAUAUUAAUAUUAGCAUAUUUAUUGUUUAUUUAUUUAAGAUAUUUAUAUAUGGAUCUGAUAGAGAACUUAAAGAGGAAAGGCACAAAAAGUUUAAUUUUAUAUACUUUAUUUAAACUACUUCUGACGUAGCUGUGGACGACCUCUUAUAUACAGUAUUAUGCAAAAUUUUUAACACGAAUCGAAAGGAAAUUUAUAGAAUGAUAAGUUUUACAAAAGUAUUUCAAUCUGCCUCAUAUUAUAUUAUUCUCUUAUAUUAAGUGUUAAAUGUAUUGUAUUUUAUU